AUGGUGGCCGGGCUGCUGCUGCCCAGCCGCGACGGUGACCCGAUCGUUUGGACGAAAAGCGGCGGCCUGUACCCGCUGGCCGAUGGAUGUCGCGAGGAUGCGCGUCAAGCACUUGGGAAAUGGAUUGAUUUUUCUUCAGAGAAAGGCGUCGUCACGAAGUACCAACCGUAUAAAUGCCCAGGCAACGGCUUCUGGGCCCUCCACGCAUUCGGCAGCCAAAUAGACGUUAUAACGACCGUCUUCGUCCCCACCCGGCAGCAGCAAUGGUCGAUCGGCUGGGAGGAGGCCUCAAUUUGGUCUACCGUCGUUGGGCGCACGCCGAUCAACCCCCAGAUGCUCGACGAGCUGCGGCGGGACUGGGAGUUUCGCGCAAAUCACGGAUUCAAGGCUGCGUUGCGAUGGGACGCCGAUCUGGAGCUGUUCGUUGUGCUCGAGCGAAAUGCCCUCCGCCACCUACACGACCAAAGUAUGGUCGCUGAACAGCUGACGUUGGUGCCUUGGAAUCAACCCCGGCGCGAAGAGCUCGGCUGGACAGAGGGCGUCGUCAGCCACCGCACCGAUUACACAAUGUUUGUGGCGACAAGAUUCGGCGACUUCAUCCUCACCGCCAACGCGCAGCGCCACGGCCGCCAGGCCCCCGAUUUUGGCAUGUUGAUCGAGUGUCGCGUCAGAACCCACGGGCUGGACAAGGGCGCGAUUGGCGAGGUGGUGGAAUACGAGGUCUUCUCGCUGCCAAAAGGGCUCGCCUUGCAUCGGGUGCACGAUGCGAAAUUUGCGAUGUACAAAGUUGACGCCGUGGUGAGGAGAUUUGCUGAGGGCUUCACGGUGCUGGAGAACCCUAUGCUCGGCGAACUCUACGCUCAGGAUCCGCAACGGGAAGCCCGGCUGAGCGAGCGCUACACCGUCGUCGUGACUAAGGAGAGGAACAAAGCCACGUGGAUGGUGAGAACGGUGAUUGGCUCGCUGCCGCCGAUUUCUGCUCAAGAGAUUAUUGCACAGCGCAGGUCCACCAAUUCUCACCCGGAUCGACGGAAUCGAGUCACUCAUGUCCCAAUUCGACAGGAAUACGCAAGGCCGCCGUCGGGCGGUUUCAUGGCCGAACGGGCUCCACUGGGCCCGAUAUUGAUCCUGACGCCGCCACCGGAACUAGACCCCGCUUACCGCGGCCGCGAAAACGAUCCCGGGUCAAGCACUCACCCCGUCCACCGCGCUCCAAAUGCUCUUCCUUCGCAGAAAAAACUACCACCCUGGGACAAGUACAGCACGCAAAAACGGCAGCCAUCUUCUGCGGAUCUCCGGGGCAGCGGCCGAUCGUCGCGUAACGAAAAUCUGCCGCUUCAAGAAGUUCCCGUCAAGGUCUACGCUCCUGUCAAAGCACCGGUUUUAGGCGUUUGCAUCGAAACCUGGGGCUGCUACCACAUCGUCUGGCUGAAGGAUGGCCGUCUCGCACUUUUGGACACGAAACAGAAAUCGGCGGCGCUGGGCAGCUUCGUCAGCGGCAUCAUCGAAAAACUCCAAAACCCGAUCUACGGCCGGCAGAGGACGUACGAGUGGCAGAUCAACGGCUUUUUGCCUGCCGAUGAAGUCCGUGAUGUUGAUCCCCGUAUUGAUGGCCAGAAAUCGAUGUUCACUUGCACCCGGGCACGGAUCGUCGGAUAUCGUCCAUUCAACGGAAAACGCGUUGUGGUGCUGGAGGAUGACUUUUUCGGCGCGCUCUUUGACAAGGAGGACGUCUUGAAGGAGGUGGACGCCGGCCCGGGCGAAGAGAUCAAAGUGACAAUCAAGCCGGGCACAAGCUCUGAAACGACGAUCGAAUGGGCCAUCCAUUGCAAAGGGCCGGAAGUUACAGAAAACGGCGCCAAUAACCCGAAUAACCGCGCGACAUCGGCUUCCGAAACCGACGAGGGCAUGUCUUCUAACGCGUCAAAUUGCGUCACUGAACGGCAGGCUUCGUACCGCGAAAUCGUCAUCCAAAGCCUCGCCCCACAU